AUGGAUACAGGUCCACGUGUUGUCCUCCUGCACGCAGCAGAAGAUCUGGAUUUCGUCGGGAGGCUAGUGGGGGAGUUGAGGUAUCUGUCCGGGAAUUACAGCCUACCCCAGACAGACAUCUGUCAGCAGGUCACAGGCACUCCUGGUGACCUGCUGACCCACGGCAGCGUGAAACUUGUCGUGCCCGUGAUCAGCAGACACCUUCUUGCUGACCAGUCCUCGCUCACGGUCGGACUGGAAACUGCCGUGAGGAACAACAAGCCUCGAUACGUCAUUUGGCUGGACCAGAACAAGGAUGACUUCCGUGAGUUCGGCACGUUAGUCAGCCGGCAGUACCCAACCCUGGAGGCGCCGGCCAGGCGGGUCCAGCGGGACAGGGUUUGGGAGACGAUGCCCGGCAGUGUUGUCAGGGGGAUGUUAGGCAUCGCCUGGGAUAUGAAUAGCGUCCUCUGCAGACAAACAGGUGAACUGAGGUGGCCGUGCUGGUAUACCUUGUUCCACAAUCGUGCGUUCCUGGCUGACAACAUGAACCUCUCAGCUGUUCUCACACGGCUGGAACAGGAGAACCAGCUGAGUCCGGAUGAGGUCUGGGACAUCGAGGACAAUCCACUCUUUGUGGUGUUUGAGCCGACACCAUUAAGAAGGGGGGCCCGGUUGGUAGAGAUGCUGAAGGAAAGGAGUCGGCAGGAGCCGUACGACUGGUUAGUGCGGGUCCUGCGGGAGGAAGGACAGGACUUCCUGGCGGAGAAGAUGGAGGAACAAGAGGGACACUGGGCGCGGCAGUACGGCAUCGGGGAACAGCAGGCGGCACAACCUGGUCAGCAAACGGCACAGACUGAACAUUUCACGCAGCAAAGUCAAGGGCGCAAGAAGCGAGCCCACAGCGCGGAAGGAUCUGACAGCGGUCAGUCGACACCCUCAGAGCAUGGAAGGCCUGUGAGGCGACAACUGGUUUCAUCACACAUUGCAGGUACUAGAUCACACUUCCAGUACAUAGUGGCGCCGUAUUGGAAGGACCUGGCCUUUUUCUUGGGCUUUGGGAGUGCAGCUGUCAGCAACAUCACCCACAGGAACCCUGACGACGAGUCCUGCUACAUGGACAUGCUGGAGGAGUGGAAGAAGCUGAGAGGGGAGGAGGCCACAACCCAGGUCCUCAAGGCUGCGCUGUCUGAGGCGGACCUACAGGGGGUUCUGCGUGCACGUGGUUUGACUGAGAGGGCAUUUCCAGAGUUGGCCGACAACAGCGGAUCCACAGACGAACCGGGAGAGGCGGGACCAUCAGAUAGUGCAUCAGGUGAACUGAGGUAUCCGUGCACGGUGACCUUGUUCCACAAUCGUGGGAUCCUGUAUGACAACAUGAACCUCCCAGCUGUUCUCACACGGCUGGAACAGGAGAACAAGCUGAGCCCGGCUGAGGUCCGCGACAUCCAGGACAAUCCAGUCUGGGUGCUGAUGGAGUCGAAACCAGCAAGAUUGGUUCCCAGGUUGGUAGAGAUGCUGGAUGACAGGAGGCGGCAGGAGCCGUACGACUGGUUCGUGCGGGUCCUGCGGGAGGAAGGACAGGACUUCCUGGCGGAGAAAAUGGAGGAACAGGAGCGGCACUGGGCGCGGCACUACGGCAUCGGGGAACAGCUGGCGACACAACCUGGUCAACAAACCGCACAGAGGGAACACUUCUCACAGCAAAGUCAAGGGCGCAACAAACGAGCCUACGGCACGGAAGGAUCUGACGGCGGUACUAGAUCAUACUUCCACGACAUCAAGGAGGCAGUGGCGCCGUAUUGGAAGAACUUGGCCUUCUUUCUGGGCUUUGGGAGUGCAGCUGUCAGCGACAUCGCCCACAGGAACCCUGACGACGAGUCCCGCUACAUGGACAUGCUAGAGGAGUGGAAGAAGCUGAGAGGGGAGGAGGCCACAACCCAGGUCUUCAAGGCUGCGCUGUCUGAGGCGGGGCUCCAGUUGGUUCUGGAAGCACAUCGUUUGAAGAGGGCAUUUCCAGAGUUGGCUGACAACAGCGGAUCGACAGACGUACCGGGAGAGGUGGGACCAUCAGAUGGUGCAUCAGCGCUUCCUACAAGGGCUCCACCGAAGAAGAGGAGAAGGAAGCGAAGGACAUAA